AAAAAAAAAAGAUUCCAAACUUCUUCUAUUGAAGCUGAAAGAGUGUACGAUAUGACAUCUAAUCGUCGACGAAACACAAAUUCUUCCGUACAAGCAGAUGAAAACUUUCCAAGCGAAACAUCAGCACGGAUAAAAUAUUUUAUCUUAAUUUAUUUAAAUAUAGUUUUUUUUUAUAAUUACGUGAAUACAUAUUAAUUUGUUCUCAAAAAAAAUAUUGUAGAAUGGAGCCAAUUUCAAAUGGACUCCUAGCAGUCUUUUUAGAUUACUUGAGUUAUAUGAUCAAGCAGCUGCGAUGAAUAAUUAUCGUAUAAAAGAUCCCACUCCUUUUGCAAAACAGUUUAUGGUUGAAAAGUUUAACCAGGAGUUCGAUUUAGAAAUAAAUUAUAAGUUUUUCAAUGAAAAAUUUGAUAAUAUGAAAAAAAAAUACAAGAAGUAUCGAGAGCUUAUGGGAUCAGAUGGUAUCAUGGUUGAUCCUAUUACAUCCGUGAUUAAUGCAUCUGAGUCAUGGUGGAAAGAUCGUGAAGUAUGUAAGAUUGUAAAUGCAUUUAGACGAAAGCAGCCACAAGGGUGGAAAAUCAUGGAACGUUGCUUCAAAUUAUAUAAUGUUCAAUCCCAAGCUCAAUACUCUGUCAACCAAAGAAGAGAAGAAAUGAUGAAUGAAGGCACAACUAAUAAUGAAGAUCAGCUGUACCCAGAAACAUACGGUGGUGAAAUGUCUGAUAGUCAAGAUGCAGAGACACAAGAAAAUGAAGAAGUGUAUCACGUUAACAUUACCGAUGAAACGCGUCCUUCAAAUGAGUUUAUCCAGGCACAUAAGCGUCAUAAUUCUGUAACGGUUGAUCCGAAUCAAAUUCCUGGUUCUAGAGUUCAACAACGAGGACAAGGAAGACGAGGAAGUACGUUACAAAGAUCUGCAAGAAAUUCUGGAGUCUUACAUGGGAGUGGUUCACGUGGAAGUAAAAAUAAGCAGUCAUUUGAGACCACCCUAACCGAUAGAAUGACCGGAUUUAGGGAGUUCCAACGUCAAAGUUUACAACAAUUACGCCCAAAUUCAUUCGACCAAGAUGAUUACGACGGCUUUGAUGAGGCUGCAAAGAUAUUGGAAUCAAUGGAGCUUCCAAGUGAUACAAAAUUUUAUUGGGCAUGCGUUGACGAAUUAGGAGGAGACCCAUUCUAUCGUAAGUAUUUCAUUGAUAGAGCUGAAAAACCUUUUGAAGAAAGAUAAAUUUCU